AUGGCGAGCCCUCAUCGAUCAUGGCAGGAGAUAUCUGCUUCUAUGGUCGAGCAUCUAAACAGCACCAUUGACAAGAUACAACCACCGGUACCAGCAUGUCCUCAAACCCUCCCAAACAACGUCAUUGGUCUGGCAGGCGCUCUACUCGCGGAGAAGGUGGUUACGAUAACCGAGAUGCCUGUCGAGGUUUUGCUUCCAAAGCUGGCCAGCAGUGACCUUACUAGCACAGAAGUCACUACCGCUUUUCUCCAGCGAGCUGGUCUGGCGAGCAGAAUGAUUAACUGCGCGACUGAGAUGCUGCCAGACCGUGCUCUGGUUCGAGCAAAGUACCUUGAUGACUAUCUUGCGGAGCACAAGAAGCCGAUUGGACCAAUGCAUGGGCUUCCAAUCAGUGUCAAGGAGCAUAUCGGCAUGAAGGGUCUUGAUCUGAAUGCCGGAUUCGUGUCCUGGGUCGGUAGGAUCGCGGAAGAUGAUGCACUGAUCUUGAAACUUCUUUGGAAUGCCGGGUGUGUGUUCUACGUGCGUACUACCGAGCCACAGGCUUUGAUGCAUCUAGAGACCAGCAACAACCUCUAUGGGGUCACUGUCAAUCCAUACAAUCGUGCUCUUACCAGCGGAGGCAGUUCUGGUGGUGAAGGUGCCCUGAUCGGGUCCCGUGGAUCUUGCUUAGGCAUCGGCACAGAUAUCGGCGGGUCUAUCAGAUCGCCUGCCGCCAACAACGGCGUAUUUGGCCUUCGUCCUACAAGUCAUCGUCUUCCAGUCAGUGGCUGGUCUGCGACAAUGCUUGGAUCGGAGCACAUCAUUCCUGUGAUCGGACCCCUAAGCACAAGCCUUGAAGGCAUAAAAUUGUUCGCCAAGACGCUGAUCGACCAGAAGCCAUGGCUAUAUGAACCGGUAUGUGUGAGUUUGCCAUGGAAGGAUACUUCGUCUGGCACUCUGCUACGCAUAGCAGCGAGUGGACAGCGCAAACUUCGCAUCGGCGUGCUUGCAGAUGACGGCGUUGUGAAACCGCACCCGCCAAUAAUUCGCGGCAUCAAAAGCGUGCUAAGCCGACUGAAAGACCACUCAGAUAUCGAGGUAGUCGACUUCCCACCUUACAAGCCCGAAGAGGCCUGGAGGAUCAUCAGCAGCCUCUACUUCGCAGAUGGCGCCGAAGAAGAGAAAGCAGCCAUAAAUGCUUCGGGCGAACCCAUGCUCCCACUGACUGACUUCAUCAUUACCGAUAAUCCAAAUGUGAAGGCAUUAACCAUUCCAGAGCUCUGGAUAUUGACGCAAGACCGAGAGGCCUACAAAGCAGCCUUCACACAGCACUGGAACAGUACCAGCACUUCCCUACCCGGUCCGAAUGAUAGCAAGCUCGUCAAAGCGAAUGCAAUGUCUCAGCAAGAUCUCAUGGUCGAUGUCAUACUCACGCCCGCAGGACCGGGUUGCGCACCACCCCUCAACUGCUCUCGUUAUUGGAAUUAUACCUCGCAGUGGAACUUGCUGGACUACCCUUGUCUGAUUUUCCCAACGGGUCUGCAGGCAGGUCAUGAAGAUGCCGCCGACAAGGACUAUGUCCCACGCAACGCACAAGACAAGUAUAAUCAUGAGCUUUACAAGCCAGAGACAUACAUCGAUGCACCCAUAUCCCUGCAAUUGGUAGGCAGAAGAUACGAAGAGGAGAAGCUGAUCGAAGCGCUCGAGUUCAUCACAGACGUGGCUGAGCUACCGCUUAGUCGAUGA